UGCAGCCUUUCUUUUUGCGGGUGCGGAGCUUCUCUGUCGGCUUCGCUGCUGGUCACUGGGAGCGUUCGUUUGUCUCUACCACCUGCUCUGUCAACCUAUGACCUGCAGGUACCGGGAGAUUUAUAGGGAGGACGCCCGGAUACUUUGGCAUCUGGGAAAUGGCCCACAAGUGUAGGUGGACUGUGGUUGAUUCUCUUCAUGGUCUGCUUCUGUGGAAGGUGGUGGGUUCCAGGAUUUUACUCGUGAAUGAUGUAUCCAGGAAGCUAUUCCCAUAACUUUUACAGCUGUAGAAGACGACAAGAUAACAGAAAAGAAGCUGAGCCACCGGAAUAUAAUUUCAAAGAUUUUCCUUUACUCAAGGUCCCUCUGCCUAUGAGUGUGGUGGCAGCAGUUGAAGGGGUGUUCCCGGAUUCUUUGAAGUGCAUGUUUUCAAGAUGAAUUUGUGAUGUGUCUAGAUUAUCUAUCCUGAGAAUUUUAAAGAAGCAGGAAGAAGAAAUGGCUGGUUCUGAGGAAAUGCUGAUGUUCAGGGAUGUGACCAUAGAAUUUUCUCUGGAGGAGUGGGCGUGCCUGAGUUCUGCUCAACAGAAUUUGUAUAGGGAUGUGACAUUAGAGAACUACAGAAACCUCGUCUCCCUGGGUCUUGCUGCCUCUAAACCAGACCUGAUCACCUAUCUGGAGCAGAGGAAAAAGUCAUGGAAUGUGAAAAGACAUGAGACAGUUGCCAAACACCCAGAUAUGCUUCCCUGUUACGCCCGAGGCCUGUGGACAAAGCAGUGCAUAGAAGCUCCGUUCCCCAAAGUGGUAGUGGACAUAUUUGAGAGUUGUGGUCUUGAAAAUUUACACUUAAGGAAAGACUGGAAAAGUGUGACUGAGUAUGAAGGGCAGAGUGCAUGUUAUGAUGGGCAUAAAAAAUGGAGGAAAACAAAUAGUUACAAACAUAUUACUCAUAUCAGAGGUCAAAAACAUAAAACAUCUUGGAGAAAAAUUUCAUAUAUGUUAGUCACUUUUUCUAAACCACAUGUUUCUCAAAGUAAAUAUCAGUGUCAACUUUUGGAGCAUAACUUGUUUUUGAAUAGAAAUUUGCAAAGUCUAAAUAGUGACCUAUUCCAUGUUGCAAAUUACGAUUUGGUGGAGCAACGAAAAUAUAGAAUUAGAUUAAAUGCUCAGUCAAAUAUUUCUGAAGAUCUUAGAUUUAAAAAUGUAAAUAUUUCUAAAUUUGAUCAAUUUUAUGGGUCCUUUUUUAAAUACUUAUUAUCCUUCCACCACAAUAUAUUACCUUCUUAUCCCGAAACCUAUUGAUCAGUAUGAAAAUACCCUUACCACUUCAUUGUUGCUUACUAAAUAUCAGGGAAUAAAUAUUUGGGGAAAACAUCACACUUAUAAUAAAAGUUUGAUAUUCUUUAGCCAGGGUCCUAGUUUAAAU